AUGGGUUUUUCUUUAUAUCCAUUCAAAGAUCAUUUUCACUCCCUCACCAAGAAACUCUUCCCUUGGACCCUCUAUGCUCUUCUUCCCAUUGCUCUCCUUAGUUUAUACCUCUACCCUCUUCCUUUUCUCCCAUCCACUGAAUCUGAACUUUCUCAUUCCAUCUCAAACACCAUUAUUUCACACUCUACACCCCCUUCUUUUCCUUCUACACCUCCUCCUUCAGAAAAGGAAAAUACUUUUGACACCCCCCUUUGUGACUACUUCAAUGGAAAAUGGAUCCGUGACAGAAGAGGACCUUUAUACAAUGGAACAACAUGUGGAACAAUCAAACAAGGACAAAACUGCAUCAAACAUGGAAGACCAGAUUCUGAUUAUCUUUACUGGAGAUGGAAGCCAAAUGAAUGCAAGCUUCCAAGGUUUGAACCUAACACUUUUCUUGAACAUAUUGAAAACAAGCAUGUAGCUUUUGUUGGAGAUUCUAUGGCUAGGAACCAAUUAGAGUCGCUUUUAUGUAUGUUAUCAACUGUUUCAUCUCCUGAUCUUGUUUACACGAAUGGCGAAGAUAACAAAUUUAGAAAGUGGCGUUUUGAUUCUCAUAAUGCUAGUGUUUCGGUGUAUUGGUCGCCUUUUCUUGUGCAAGGUGUUGAGAAAUCAAAUGGAGGGUUGAAUCAUAAUAAGUUGUAUUUGGAUCUUGUUGAUGAGAGAUGGGCUAAGGAUAUGGAUCAUAUGGAUUUGAUUGUUUUUUCGGUUGGUCAUUGGUUUUUGCAUCCGGCGGUUUACUAUGAGGGUGAUUUGGUUUUAGGUUGUCAUUAUUGUGUUGGUCUAAAUCAUACCGAAAUCGGGUUUUAUGAGGUUUUGAGAAAGGCUUUGAGGACUAGUCUUAAUAGUGUAAUUGAUAGGAGAGGGAGUAAAGGUGGGAAAGUUGAUGUUAUGGUGACGACGUUUUCGCCUGCUCAUUUUGAAGGUGAGUGGGAUAAAGUUGGUGCUUGUUCAAAGACUAGGCCUUAUAGAAGUAGAGAGAAGGAGCUUGAAGGAAUGGAUGGUGAGAUGAGGAAGACUGAGGUUGAAGAAGUGGAAGAUGCUAAGGUGAGAGGUGGUAUGUUUGGAGGGAUUAGGUUUGAGGCACUUGAUGUGACUAAAUUGGCAUUGUUGAGACCAGAUGGUCAUCCAGGGGCUAUUGAUACAUGGAAUGAAAUUUUUCUUGAGAUUAUGAAGAAAUGGGAGGAGCAUCCAAGAAUUCAAGAGUGA